UAGUGGUAGCGGUGGCGGGUGGCGCGCUGGUGCGCGGGCGCGGCGGAUGGUGGCGGGAUGAGCGGCGGCGCGCUGGCGCUGACCGCCCUGUCCGGGCCGCCGCUGUCCGCCGCCGAGGCGCUCUCCUCGCUGCUAUGGCAGCCGUACGAGUGCCGCUCGCCGCCCCUCGCGCGCUCCCGCACCGACGGAGCCCUAGCCGAGAGAGGGGGCGCUCAGUCGCCGAGCGGCGGUCGUCAUGCGCGCGCGCCACGCUCAAUACCCCGCCACGAGAUGCGGCUGCCCGUUCCGGCCGAGGCGGUCUCGGUGCGAGUCCCGGCCGAAGAUGUCGUGUCAAGUGUGAUAGUGCAAGUGCAGGAUGCGCCUGUCAGUUGUAAUGUAAACAGUGCGGUGCAGACCGAACGGGAGAGGAGUGUCGCUAGCGCGGAGUGCCAGACUGAGGAGCCUGCGCGGCGGCGGCGCACGAGGCGGGCGCGGGCUCCCCGUGUGCCGGAGCUGCUGGAGAGCGUGCCUCCCCCCCCGUACAGCACGCUGCCCCCGCCGCAGCUGCCGCCACCCCCGGUGCACCCGCUGCCGCUGCCGGUGCCGGUGCCGCCGGCGCCGAUCAUCGCGCCGCAUCCUCCUGCGCAUAGGUUCCCCUUCCAGCCCAUCCCACUCAGAUCGGGCAGAGGCGCAGCGUACGCAUGUUCCGAAGGCGAAGGCAACGCUCCCAAGUCGUGCUGCGGCCGUCCCCCUCUCCGGCUAUGCGUUCUCUUUCUCGGCGUCGUCGGCGCGUGCUUGGUCGCCGCCGGCGCUGUACUCGGCGCGUUGAGGCCGCAUCCUAAAGCACCGCUCACAUUACUACUAUUAAUGAUAGGUAUAGGAGUCGUGCUAGUAACGGCAGCGGGGCUAGCAUGGCGGCUGGGCGCGCGCGACGCGCCGUGUGCGCUGCUCGGGCUGCGCCGCACCUCGUGCAGAAGGCUCGUGCCCAGGUUACCGCCGAGCUACGCUCGACCGCACCACCCGUACGCGGCCAUGCUGUAUCCAGAGUUCCAUUAUAGGCCGCCCCCGCCGACGUAUCAGGCGUCUAUGCAAGAGUAUAGACUCAGGUUGCUUCUCCUGGACAGAAGUGCGCCCGCGGUGUCGCCGCCCCCCACGUACAGAUCAAAUUCAGCUAGUCUAGUCAGAGGGUCCACUGGUGCCGCGUGGUGCGGCUCCGAGUACAGCGGGCCGCCCUCGUACCGCGCGCCCCGCGCCGACCCCCCCGUCACCACUGACGUCCUUCCCCUCUCCCCUCACGACCUCAAGUACGCCGAAGACGCCCUAGAACUACCCAAAACCGAGCAAGAGAAAGACCGCGACGAACAUCUGGUCACGAUAGUGCACACGGACGCGCAGCCGGUCAUCGUCACCGUGUCGGGAUCGACGGCUCUCAACGACACGCAUAUGUCGCACAUGCAACCGCCGACCGAAAUCGAUAUAUUGGCACAUUUAUAACGAACCACAUUGUUAGUACGUGUCGCGUGUGCUCCGAUGUGAAAAAGUGGACAUAAAGCGUAAAGUGAUUGUUGUACCUCCGUGUACAUUUUCUGUUUUGUAAUUUUAAGCAAAUCAGAGUCUAGACUACGUUUGAAAGCUUCGUCUAGUUUGAAAUAGUUUUGUAUUUUGAAAUAACAAUUAUUUAUUUCAUUUGAAUGCAUUUUGCGUUUGAAACGUAGUUGGGCCGACUAUAUUUAGAGUGUAAACGUUGCCAGACUUAUUUUGUGUUUGUUAUUUUAUCAAAGUUGGAGGAAAUUUUAUAAUAAUGAUAUAAACUAUGACUAUUAAACAGUAUGAUAAGCUAUCUGACAUAAUAGAUGUUUUUAAUAGCAUAGAACAAACAGUCCCCUCCACCGAUAAGUCUGCAUGUUUGCAUUCUACCUAUGUAUAAUGAUUUCACGUACCUUUAUGUAGAUAAGUUCUGUGUAAAUAUUUUAAAAGUACGACGAAUGUCCGUUUAGUUUAAUUAAGGUAAAUUUAUUACCUCAAGGAUCAUUUUUCUAUCUCAAGUCUAGGAACUACAUUCUGUCCUCCUAAGCUAAAAAGCGGUAUUUGCAUUAAAUUUUCAUUGAAGGUACGUCCUUUUAGCUUAGGAGGGUAGUAUAUUGCCUGCCUGGAGAUUGAAAAAUCAACCUUAAACCAUGUGCCGUGUAAAUAAAAUGAUAGAUACAAAUAAUUAGAGCUAAUUGUUCAAACAAAGAUCAAUUAAUUAUUUAAACCAAAUCCUUUGCUGUAAUGUACAAGAUUGAAUACGGUGUUAUUUUAUAAUCGUGCCAAUGGUUUUCCUACGUUUAUUGUAAAUAUGUAUUAACAAAUAAUUUAUGAUCCAGAUCUCGACUAACUUAGCCAAACGAGUAACAUAUUGUUUUUUAAUGUGAUUUAGGUAAUCUUAUCUUUUUCUACUAUUUUUGGCCCUUCCCGGUUGCAUGCUAAAAUCUGGCCUGCUACAAUAAGGCCUAUUUCUUAAUACUGUUUUCUUUAAUUAAGUCAUUUGGGACGACUCUACUCCUCUAGUAAGUCCACAUAAUUAUGUUCACUCCUUCAAUUUAAACAAUAAUAUCAAUCAUUUCAACAACACGAUGCUCUCAUAUCAUAUGAUGUUCCGUACACAAGGACGUGAUAUAAUCUAUCUACUAUAAAUAUCUAGUUUUUUUCAUAACUUGUAUAAACCUUGUAUAAAUAUUUUGAUUCAUUUGUUAUCGUUAUCUUUUGUAUUAAGCCCGCCUGAGCGCGGUAUUACCUACGUACUUUCUCUACUUAAUCGACGAAAGCAAUAUGUUACUUUAUUGGUUGCGACAAUGAGUUCGUUUUAAAAUAUGUAUCAUCCCAAACAUUAUGUAAUAUUUCUAUUUUAUUUGGUUUUUGAAGGCCUUUAUUUCUUUAAAUUUGAAAAAAAGACUCAAAAUUGCUACUAGAUACCAGUAAAGAUUUAUUUUAAGUAGGUAUUGACCUGUACCAUUAAUUUUAUUAUUUAAUCAAUCACUGUACCUACUGUUACUGUUAAAAAAUGUAACGUAAUAAAUAAAUAAUUAUUGUAUCGUUAGGAUGUUGUACAUAAAGUUAUUUGUAUUAUAAGAAAUAAAUAAAGAUCUUUAGUGAAUGAAA